CGAAAGACCUCGAUUUCAAAACAUACGGGACUCUCCACUUCAGGAAGUGACGGACCAGAAGGACGGACCAAUCAGAGAAGACCCCAGAGACACAGGUUUCUAGGCAACAAGCGUAAACGUUGAAAAAGAAGUCGGUUCAUUUUGAUUAUUUGUGUCUAUUUGGAGCUAAACGUAAACUAUGAGCUAUUGUCUAAUAGUCUAGACGGAUUUUUAAACGCACUUAUACUUAAACUGAUAUCCUACAAAGAAUUACCCUCAACAGUGUGGAAGACUUGGAUGGACAGACAUCACAUAAUGAUCCACAGUAAGAUGAAGCCAUGAACACCAACACAAGCAGAAGAAAUAUUGCUCAAGCACAAAACAUCAUUGCAGGACAAAGGCAUGGCAAUGGUCACACCCAUGCACAGCGAGAUGUUUUGGCAAACAGGAAAGCAGCUACGUUAGACCAACCAUUUCCAACAAAGCCCGUUAGCCACAGAAGAACUCUCAGGGCACAAGUCUCAUUUGAUUCUGACAAAUUCACCGUUUCAACCCAUCCAAGAGGCCAGUUGCCGUCCCAUUCAAAUGGCGCUGGAUCUCGACACUCGAGAAAGGACACGCAGCCCAGUGGAGAGCUGUCAAUGGCCAGAGCAAUUCAUGCAAAAGAGCUCAUGCUACAGGAGAAGCUCUGGAAGGCUGAAGCAAAAAUAAGACAAAAGAUCCAGUGGGAUGCAGCCGACGUAGCUGCAGAUGAUGACCGUAAGGACAGGGAAGUGAGGCACAACAGAGGACAAGCUGAGAGGGGAAAAGCUCAGAUGAAAAGCAGAGUAUCGGAGCAGCAGAAGCAGAGAAGCAGAGACACGUCGAUGGAGGGAAGACAGCAGGAGGAUUUUAAGCAACCUGGGAAGAAACUAGAUCAGAAGGCUGAGAACAGAGUGAGAAAUGAAGUAUAUCAGGUGCGAGUUACAAAAGCUCCUCUGUCAAAAGGAAAAACAACAAAAGCAACUCUUGCUAUCCCACAUAAAGAGCAAGAAGUGAGCGGAGAGAUGAAAUCGACGAGGAAGAAUAUGAAAGAGCAUGCCAGGAGAAAAGAAGGGGAUGAAAAAGAUUAUGGUAUUUGUGGAGAAACUAAACACAACAAACAAAACAAGACGCAUGUGGGUGAUACAGUUCAGACAGAAAACCAGAGAAGUUCACAAGUAAAACUGCCUGAGGAAUCAGCUCUCCCGCCGAUUUCUAGUCCUUCUCAAAGCAGUCGAUCCCAACCGGAGGAGCGCACACUCGUGGAUAACGCAGACGUCAACAUCCUGCUUCUUCCUUGCAAAUUCUGCAACAGAACGUUUGCAAGCGAAAGAUUGGAAAAGCAUGUCCAAGUUUGCAAAAAGAUGACACAGUCACAUCGUCCGGUCUUCAACUCUUACACUAACAGGACCAAAGGCUCGGUGCUGGAGGAGUUCUACAAAACCCACCCCAGGAGUGAGACUCCAGAGAAAAAGAACCGCAGACAAAGCUACAAGGGAAAUAUAAGCAAUCUCCCGCCGCGGAGACUCCCAGCUGGCACUUCACAGCAAAAGUGGUCCAAGUAAGAUGAACCAGACCACAAGCAACGUAUCCUCAGAUGUAUCAGGACAUCCAUCACUUUGCUGUUGUCAAUGUCGUCUCUGAAUUUAAUCACUUUUUAGAAUUUAUUCAUGAACCUGGUGUUGCUUUUCCUCUUAAUCAGUCAGAACUGUCAGAGAUAGUUGUAGCCAUUUUACAAUGACAGGGUAUCUAGAUUAUAGGGAAAGUACAUUGUAACUUACACUUUGAGAACCACUGAUGACAGUGCCUAUUAAAAAGUUUGAUGAAAACUCAA